UACAGUACAUUAUUAUAUUAUUGUUUGCUAAGGUACGUACGUAGGGUGAUCAGGAUGGCCUGCUGUGGCUUAAGUGCGAGGGAUCACUGGAAUGCAAGAUAUUGUUGCUCUUUUAUAGGGGUUUUCUGCGGUCUUGUUAUUGCAUGUAUUGUUUUAAUAGCUAUUACGGACCGCAGAUGUAAGAGGGCGGCCAGGAAGGUGCCGCUGCCGCAGUACACCGUCACGAGCGCGGCGUUGUCGCCGAACGCCACCCUCUCCGGGAACCUUUUGGCAGGGGACUUCGUCUUCACACUCAGGGCCCACAACCCAUACCAAAACAACACCAACAAGACCAUUUUCUACGGCAACACCACGGAGGUGAGCCUCGGCUGCCGGUGGUUCACCCCCUUCCGGAUUAUUAACUCGUCGUUGGGGUUGCUGUUACCUCCGAUGGGCCCCGCCUCGCUUCCUCCGGGGAACGACUCGCCGGACAUCGCCCUCGAACUUCACGUGCGAAACAUGGGUUUUCCCGACGACGGCAGCGGCGGCGGCAAAGCAUCAUGCGACAUGGCCUUGGACGCGUCGUUUCAUGCGGCGUUUCGUGAGGAGGAGGUGGAAUCAAAGCGUCGCCAGGCUUCGGUCCGAUGCUUCCCUCUCACAUUCACUUAUCAAACAAAGAAUUUCACGGGGGACUACGUCCGUGCAUGUGCUACAUCACGAGUUGAGGUUGAUAUAUGAGGACUUGAUGUUAUGCUACUACUCCCUUUGUCCUCUAGUAUUUGUCAACUUUUGAUUUUCUUCUGGUCAAAACUGAUAAAUUUUGAUUUCAAAACUAGACAAAUACUCUCGGACGGAGGUAGCACAUCAUACUCCAUCCGUCCCGAAAAACUUUUCUUCUUUCUUUUUUAAUCUGCCCUAAUAAACUUUUCUCAUUCCU